CCACACUGAGUGGCGGCGUCUUUUUAUUUAUUCCGGCUGUUUAUUUUAGUUUUUAACUAAAAAACCACAAUUAGCCAUGUUUUACCACAUAUCCCUAGAGCACGAGAUCCUGCUGCAUCCACGCUACUUUGGCCCGCAGCUGCUGGAGACCGUGAAGCAGAAACUCUACUCCGAGGUGGAGGGCACCUGCACGGGAAAGUACGGAUUCGUGAUAGCAGUGACGACGAUAGACCAGAUCGGAUCCGGUGUCAUUCAGCCGGGCCAAGGAUUCGUGGUGUACCCGGUGAAGUACAAAGCCAUCGUCUUUCGGCCCUUCAAGGGCGAAGUGCUGGACGCGGUGGUCAAGCAGAUCAACAAAGUGGGCAUGUUUGCGGAGAUCGGUCCACUGUCCUGCUUCAUCUCGCAUCAUUCUAUUCCCGCCGACAUGCAAUUCUGUCCAAAUGGUAAUCCGCCCUGCUACAAGAGCAAAGAUGAGGACGUGGUCAUCUCCGGAGAGGAUAAAAUUCGCCUCAAGAUUGUGGGAACCCGUGUGGAUGCCACAGGAAUCUUCGCCAUUGGCACCUUGAUGGACGACUACUUGGGAUUGGUCUGCAACUAG